UGUCAAUAGCAGACUUCGAAAGUCAGGUGAAUUCAAGUUCCCUUGCCCUCACAACUUUAGUUGUGAAAACGUCACUGACUUCAGGAAGAAGCCAAGAGAAAUUAGAGGCACAAGUAGGUACCCAUACCACUGAAAAUCACGAAAUGCUUUUGGACUCAGCUGAAGAGCACAGAGGCAACAGCAGGAAACAUUCAAUCUGCUGCUAAACGAGGCACCAUUUUCAGCCCUGCCCAAACGAAUCUGCAAAUUAAUGCCCCGUGCCAUCCCACAGUGUGGGAUAAUGACAUCUGGCGUUGUGGUGGGUGGACCAACAGAAAACUCUGGUUAUGAUUUUGCACCGGAAUCCGCACGACCAAAACUAAACAAAACUGAACCUCUCAGUGCUGUGCCACUUGGCCCAAAGAGAACUUUCAGAGAUUUCCUUCCUGAUGCGAGCCCUCAAAUACCUGCAAUCAACAAGGAGACGGCAGAAAGCUCGAGCAUGGAGCUUGGUCACUGCACGCCGCCGCCCGCUGCCCGUCACCCGGCCCUUCUCAUCGCCGUCCGCGCCGAGGCUCUGCCCCGACCCCUCCCCGCUACUCGGUCAGAGUCCCAGGCAGAAGCGGGCGUUUUCUGCCGUCGGCAGGGCGCGUUUCAGAGCACCGGGGCCAGGAGAAGGGAACUUUGGAACGGCCGCAGCGCUGGGACCAGACGGGUGCGCUGCGCGGCCUCUUGCUGCGGAGCACUGCGAGACUUUUGGGAAGUUCCCUGUGGUUUUCUUGUCGUGAAACCGACGCAGAAAUUCAUCAUUUCGCUCUUUCGGCUGGGAGAGUUCCGUGUCCCCCGGACUCAGAGCAUUUUCCAGUCGGUGCCUGAUGCUCAGCUGAAAACACGGAGUCACCGCUCCCGGAGCUGUAGCACAGAUUGGAGACGUGGCACCGAUUAGUGGGCACUGAUUGAGGAUGGGCAGUGGUUAUGGAUGCUCAGAGAGCCCCUCGUGGCUCGGGACUGCCUGGUGUCCAGCAGCCCCAAUACCAGGGUGCUCUUGGGCGUGGGCUGGCACUUGCCCAAGUGGCUCCAAAGUCUUCAGCCAGCACGUUGGUGAGGAACCUGCCUGCUCUGUGGUACUGCAUUUAUUAGCACUUCUUUCAAGUUUUGACGGCACAGACCUGUUCUGAGGCCUGCUGUGCCUCAGAUGUUGGUCAGUUAUCUGCUCUGAUAAUCACUCAGGUCUCUGUGACCAGCGUGGCACUAGGAAGGUGUCACAUGUGCAGGCGUCUCUCACCCACUCAGAAUUCGUGGCAGCCUCCUGUUUGUGCACAGAGCUGCCUUAGGUAUGGGUAUAAUGGGUGGGAUCCAACAGGGACCUUCUUGGCAUCCCUGCCUUUCCACAGCCAUGUGUCAGUGCUCCAGCAUGAGCAGAUUGCUUCAUCUGCGCCGUUCCCCCAGCACAGACCUCCGUUGGUGGAGACAUACCUCCUUCUGGGGUUUCCUUUUCUCUUUCUUGCCUGCCUCACUGGAAAGCACGUGAUGAAUCAUGCAGGGUAGCUGAGACUGAGCUGCUCAGGCUUUCUGAGCAGCCAGAGACACACUGCUUCCAGCAGCCCAGAGGUUUCUCCCUGGUGAUGCUCAGAGAGAGAACCCAACAGUCCCUGAUGCCUGGCUCCUGGACAAACACGUGAGCUGAAUGAAGUUUAAUCUCUGCAAGAACCUGCUGAAUGUAAUGUGCUUUUAUGGCUCACCUCCCUUUAUUUGUAACCUGAAAGUAUAGAUCAAGGCUGGCAAAACAACGCUGUAAUGCAAACUUGGAUUAAAAGUUCUUAAUGUUUAGGAAGUUACGUAAUAUAAGGUAAUAAAAGCAUUUUGGAUUUAUGCUCUGAGAGCUGCUUGUAAGAAGACUAAAAGGCAAAAGGGAUUACAUGGGUUGCUCUGAAAGCAAUGUCUCCUGUACAUUUCAGUGGUAAAUGCAGAGACACAAGGAGCACAAAAAUGCUGAGCCACUUCUCAGCUACAAAAGACUGUUUUUCAACAUAGUCACCAUCACUAAUGCGUUUUUGCCAGAGAUGAACAAGAUCCUGCAUGCAGUGCUUGUGGAAACCUGCCUCAGUGGAGGCAAGUCGUUUCCCAGGUGCUGUGAUGGUGUCAGUGCUGAAACACCACCCAGCACCUCACUGUGCCAACGUCCACUGAUUGGUCUCCAUAAACGUUGAGCCAGCAUUGGUGAAUGUCAGUGGGUGCCACUUUUCUGCAGGGAGGAAUUCAGUUCCACACCUUAGCUUCAUUUGCAGUGUCAUGUCAGACCCACUUUGUCAGACUGCCCCUCUGCUGCCAUCUGUCACAACAACAUGCAGUGGGAUACUGUGGGAAGGCUCAACCUCUACUGCCAAACCACCACCAUCUGCCUCUGAGGUCACGGGCCAAUAUGAUAAAGUAGGAGUCUCAUCUUCAGUCAUGUUUAAAAAUGCUUCAUUUUUAAUUUCCACUAUCCAGCUGUUGAUUGGUGGCAGAUCUUGGGCAUGACAGAAAAGCAGCUGUUUCUUCCAGAAGUCAGAAUCCUAGGCAGAAGGAGGUGUUUUCUGCCAUCAGCAGGGCACUUUUGGGAAUGCCAAGAGAAGGGAACUCCAGAGCAGCCCCUAGCAGUGAGAGCAGCCCAGCAGCUGCACAGCCUCCUGCUGCAGAGCACUUUGGGGCCACUGCAGGUGCUCUGGGCUGUGCCAGGUGAGCAAUGGAAGCAAGCUGGGCAUACGAGAGGCCUGACUGACAGGGCGGUUGCAGUCUGCAAGAUGCUGGGUGGUGAUGCUUCUCAUCCAUGUUCCUUGAAGAGCUGGUGGGUGAGCAGGCGAUGCGGUGUGAGAGCCCUUAUCUACCUGCACGAGAAGGGAUGGAGGAAGCCAGCAGAGGCAUGAGUGACUUUUCUUGGAAACUGGGCAAAGUUUUGCUUGAAAAAAGGCAGAGGAUUGCAGCUUCUUGAGCCACAAGUGAAUACAAGUGUGUGUGCCUUUCCUGGGAAGCAGCAGAAAAACUCCUAGAACUUCCUUUUAUGAUCUCUGUGCUGCUUAGAAGUAAGUUGACACCUUCUGCAAACUUCUGGCAGUUGCUUAUUCUUGCUUUCUGGGCGUUCUUUAGCUAAAAACAUACAGCAAGGCUCAUGCAGGUGCUUUAUUGGAGCUGUGCAACUGCAAACCCAUAGAUGUCCACUUGCAAACCCUGGGCCAUACCUGCUGCCAGGCCUCCAUGCCCACAUGGCUCUGUGCCACGUGUGUGCCUUUAGCU